AUGGCGAUCUCGCUCGGGACGGUGGCGGGAGGGGCGGCGCGGNCCGCGGCGGCGGCGGGCGCCGGGAGCUUGGCGGAGCAGUACCGGACGCUGCGGAUCCGGCCCGGGGCGACGGAGUCGGAGGUGAAGAAGGCGUUCCGGAAACUCGCGCUUCAGUAUCAUCCGGAUGUUUGCAAAGGAAGCAAUUGUGGCGUUCAAUUCCACCGCAUCAAUGAAGCAUAUGAAACGGUGAUGGACUCCUUACGGCAAGCCGAGGAGGAGGAGCAGGUGCGAUCGCGAUCGGAGGAAUGGCACGAGGAGGACGGCUACGCCGACGAGUCGCUGAGGGGGAUGUGUGACCCAACCUGGGACUUAUGGGAGGAGUGGAUGGGGUGGGAAGGAGCUGGUAUUAGAGAUUACUCCUCCCACAUCAACCCCUACAUCUAAACCCCUGGAAGCUUUUUUUUUUUAACCAAAAGUGCUUUUUUCUGAUCAUGAGAUAAUGUACAUAAGGUUUCUCAUAAGUUGGCAAAUUACAAACAAUGGAAUAUGUGAUUAACUUAGAAAGGGUGCUGUGGCCUUUUCCUGAUUUUAGUGGGGAAGGGUUUGUUAUGUCUCUCAUUCUAGUAAUUCCAGAUGCAAUGAUCAAUGAUUCUUCUCUUGAUCUCUA